CUUCGCCCAAAGUAAAACAACAACAACAACAACAUCAUCACGCCGAUGGUUGCAAACUUUCGCACUUUUCAACACACGUUGCAUAAGCGCAUUUUUGGCACCGUCUCAUGAGGAGGUUCCUGCUGACCGUGGGUUACUGUGGCACCAAUCUCAGGGGUGUUCAGAAACAGGUGGAUGAAGGAGUGAGUGGUAAGGCAUGCAGUGUGCAUGGAUUGCUGGAGAAUGCCUUAGUCCACCUGCGUCCAGCCAACCACCCAGAACUUUAUAUCUCAAGUCGCACAGAUGCCGGUGUCCACGCGCUCUGUAAUACUCUACAUGUGGACUUAAAACGCUCACCCUAUCAGCCUCCGUUCGAACCCGAAUACAUCACUAUUGGUGUAAAUCGCUUUUUCCAGAAGACAAAAACUGACAUCAGAGUUCACCGAACUGUUCACGUUCCUCCUACUUUUCACGCGAGAUUUGACGCAAGUGGAAGAACAUACCUGUACCGUCUAGCCGUCAUCAAACCCGAGGCAGACUUGUCCCAAUGCCAGUCACUCAGUUUCGAUGCUUUGAUACCUAUUGGAGAGCUACAUAGGUGCUAUCUUGUGAAGUCACCGUUUGACGUGGAGAAGGUGAGGGAGGCGUGUCGGACCCUUCAGGGCAGCCACGACUUUGCCACCUUUGCUGGGAAGAUUGGGUCUGGGGUGGACACGAAGCGCAACCUCAGUCAGAUCACAGUCACACAGGGUCGACCUCUUCUGGAUCCAGCCUUUGAGCCUCUUUAUGACAAUCUUCAGUUCUUGGACAUCAUUGUGAAGUCCAGGUCUUUCUUGUACAGACAGGUACGGAGGACAGUGGGUGUGCUGGUGGCUUUGGGCCAGGGGCGAAUUUCCUUUGAUGACUUUCAUCGAAUGUUAAGCACUCCUAGUCGUGACAGCUGGCCAUCAAGAGCCGUCACUGCACCAGCUGCGGGACUAUACCUUGUCAACGUGCAUUACCCUCCAGAGGCCUUGUGUUUCCCUUACCCUGACUUCAGUGCUGUUGAAAGCUGGGAAGGAGAUAAGGAACUAAUUUUUAUUACUAAGCAAUCUCUUGUCAAGUCUAGUCCAAAGGGUAUUAGGAUUGUAGUUGAAAGUAAGAAAAUCUUUCACAAAAUGUCCAGCUUAGCUCAGCAGUUAGAGGCCAAGCGCACAAACUUGCGACACACGCAGACACAAGUGACCACACCAGAUGGCCAGUCCAAGAUUGAAGACAUUCGCUCAGAUGGGACUCAUGUUGUCAGAAUGUUGGCACCUCUUAGCCCAGGGUUUGUGGUCGAUACAAAGCCUGACUUGAGAUAUUCCCCCAUCCUGACAAAGCUAAUCUUGGGGUCACAGGAUGUUGCUCAUGACCUGGACCUUCUCCAUAAAAACAAGGUGACUCACAUAUUGAAUGUUGCAACUGGGGUUAUAAAUCUCUUUGAGGGCUGGUUUACAUACAAAACAAAGGAGGCUUAUGACACCCCAACCUGCCAAAUAAUUAACAUUUUUGAUGAGUGUUGUGAGUUCAUCCACGAUGCUAUAAUGUCUGGAGGUUGUGUACUUGUACACUGUAAUGCUGGUGUAUCUCGUGCUGCAUCUAUUGUAAUUGCUUAUUUGAUGAAGCACUAUGGCAUGAAUUAUGAUGAAGCUUACAGGUUUGUGAAGUCCAAGAGAUCUUUCAUUCGCCCAAAUGUAGGUUUUGUUGAGCAGUUGAAAGAGUAUGAAGCAAAAUUGUCAAAAUGACAAAAAGCAAAGGCUGUGCCAAAGAAACCUAGGCUCCUACUCUACUGAGCAUGUUUUGUUACUAUUCCUUCCUUUAAACCUGUGCUGUGUAAACCUAAUUGAGUUAACUCUGUAUUUUACCCUUUUUCAGACUUUAUUGCGGGUAUUCUGAUGGUCCUGCUGGUAUUAACAGAUGCAAUCUAGAGAACGUCAAGUAAAGGGACAUUUCUGUAGUUCAAACUGUCUAAAAUAAAG